CACACACACACACAUCUUGAUCAUUUACUUAUGGGCACUAGUUAGCAUGUCAAGCUAGUAGUUGGUAUCUCAAUGACCGAUGAGGUCUAGCUACUGAUAGUGGUGGUUAGUUGAUUAGAGCUGAUACUCGUUUAUAAAUAGGAGCGAAGUAUAUCUACUUAAUAUAGAUGAAAGGUUGUGAUUCCACAAAAGAGAAUUUAAUAAUACUUCUCCUCUUGAAUAUGAAUAUAUGCCUGAUCUUCUUCACUUUCUAACAACAAAAAACUAAUUAGAUUUAUCGGCUAAUCCAAAACUCGAACCUAAAAACGAGUUACGUGCACCCUUUGUUAUUUUUUUGGUGAUGUAACUGAUAGAGCGACUAAUGAGCCGAAAGCAACUUCUUUAAUACAAGAGUGGGGACACUGCUGUCUGUUGGUGCAUGCUGUUUUUAUAUGAUUGCUAGCUUUCUCAUAUGGUGUUUUCAUCAGCAUUUUCAUAUAUUGUCCGGGUCUCUUCUUGCCUCAGGAGGAAACUAUCUUUUUUUUGUUGUUUUGAAGGGAAGACCAAAUCUAUUUUCCACCUACCUUUAUAUUUCAAUGCUCAAAUAAAAGACUUCCAGUAAUCUUGGAUCAUUCCAUGAUCUCCAGCUGAAGGCUGGAUUCAGUGUUUAAAAAUGGAACUCUUAGCAUUUCGAUAUUAUUGGUGAGGUUUGUUUCUCUCAUGGACUGGAACUUGAAUACUCCUUCAGAAUGGGACUGGGAAAACUUAGCCAUGUACAGCAGCAAGGAGAUUGAAGUUGCCAAGAAUUUGCAAUUUUCCAGCCAUGAAAGCCAAGAAAAUGUCGUCGUCGAUAAUGUGGAUUUCUCCUUCUCAGCUUCUGCAGAUUCUUCGUCUAAAGAGACAAUCAAGAGUACUUUUAGAGGGUUUGAUGAUUUACCAAGAGAUUUCUUAGACAAGGAUGAUUCUUCUUGGAUAGGGGAGAAUGGGAGCUUCUCUAACAUGGUAGAAGAAGCAUCAGUGUUAUCCGGUGAAGCCAUGAUUGGUUUAAAGCUUGGAAGGCAUGCAAGCACUUCUAUCAGUAGUAGCAAGAUGGCUACAACCUCUGUCUCCUUGUUUCCUACCUCGUCUCCCAUGAUAAAGAGAUCUAGAGCAUCUUACCUAAGCUCUCAGUCCCCACGUUGUCAAGUCGAAGGAUGCAACCUUGACCUUUCAUCUUCCAAAGACUACCAUCGCCGGCAUAGGAUCUGUGCAAAUCAUUCCAAAAGCCCAAAAGUCAUUGUAGCUGGGAUGGAACGUCGAUUUUGUCAACAAUGUAGCAGGUUCCAUGAUCUGUCAGAGUUUGAUGAUAGAAAGCGAAGCUGUCGUCGACGCCUUUCUGCACACAAUGCAAGGCGGCGCAGGCCACAGUCAGAAGAGAUCCAAUUCAGCUCCACACGGUUGUCCUCUUCAAUGUCAUCUGAUAGAAGGCCACAGAUGAAUUUCCUUCUAAAUAGGGCUUCAAUACCUCGUCGUGAUUCAGCACCACCUGAAAGUUCUUGCGACUUUAAAGGGGAAGAGUCUUUCCUGGGUCUUGCAAAAGGCGGAGGGGUUGAUGUCUUGCCACCCAAUGGUGCCUUACACUUCGGUUCUGAGAGAUUUAUGCCUAGGAGCAUGAGUCAUAAUGGUAUCGAUGCAACUCCUAAUUCCAUGCUAUCUGGAGAUGUCAGGCAUGCUUUCUCUCUUCUGUCAACAAGUUCUUGGCCUUCCAACUGGCCUGAAGAAGCUUCAUCAUUUGAUCAAUUUGGGCAAUCAAACAGUAUCAGCUUGUCGCAGCCGGGAAUGCCUUUGGAACUGCAAAAUACUACCAACACCACUCAACUCCAAACCUUUCAUUCAUUUAGAUCACCUCGUGAAUUAGAACGGUUUUAUUCAAACUGAAACUGAUCUUGAUUUCUCCAAGCGUCUACCACCAAGUAUUCAGCCAUAGAAUCAAUAAUCCUUCUUCUAUAUAAGGGAAAUUAUCUGCACACUUGAUCUAAGCUAGUCCUAUAGUACGUAGAUCGAAAUUUUGAGUAGCAUUACAGUAAACAGUCUAUAUAUAUAUUCUGAACCCCAUUUAUAACUCCUUCAAAAUGAAAUUCCACUUCGUAGGCCUAACUCUUGAUCUUGCAAGAAUAACAGAAAGCUUGAAAAUAUCUUUGAAUUUAGUACACGUGUGGGAUCGCUUUCAAAGGCAUCGAGGAUCCAAAUGAUCUCGCUAUGUGCAUUCAAGGGAAGAAUGGAACACUUCUCCUGUUUCUGCAGAACAAAUUAAAAUAUAUACCAAAAGCCUUAUAUAUCCCUCAUUAAGUGGAAACUGAAGAAAAAGGCAUUCAAGAACAUUUGUUGCGGCAAAGUUUAUUUCUUUUUAUUGAUCACUUUAGCAGCAAGCUUUUGCCAGUGAAUCAUUUCUCUGAAUCAGUGGUUCGCAGGUAAAUCAAGUAUUCCCCUCUAGAUGUUGAUUGGUAGUUCCAGUUGUCUUCCAAGUGGAAAUAGUAUACUUUUUUGGAGAUGGGGAUGAUUUAGGAAUUUAACUUCUAGUAUCCUAUGGUUUAAUUUGCUUGAUAUUAAUAAGUUGUGAUCUUGCUUUGGUUUUUCUGUAGAUUUUAAACUUAUUUUCAAUUUUACAUUUGCAGUUGAGAUAUUUAAUGGUUUCUUCCGGUUCAUUGUGUGUCCUUUAGUUAUAGUUUAUGUUGCAGUUCUCGUCUAGGAAUGUGUUUCAUACUUUCACUCCUUCUUUCUUGGAUGCAUUUACUAUAGGGGUACCGUGUAAUGAUGAUUGUAGCUACUUUUUGUUACUUUGAUGACAAAGUAGUGUUUUUGGUUUGGCCUUGGCUAUAUCUCCAUUUUUUGUUUUUUGUUUAUUUUUUCUCUUUUCCCAUAUAAAUCACUAGUGUAAGUGAUUCUUCUUUGAAUUAACCUUUUUUUUUGUCUUCAUAAAAAAAUAGAAAUAAAAAGUUUCUAAGGCCAUGUUUGGCUUAGGCCUCGUUUAGAUAUAUUUUCAGGUCAAAACAGAUCUUUCUGGUUGAACAGACUGGAAAGACUCUUUGAUUUGCACAAAAAAAUGUAUUUUCCGGUAAAAUAUGUUUUUCUUAAAAAGCUACAAAACCAUAUUUUUCUGGCGGAAAUGGGCGAAAAAACAAUUAUAGCCCAAACCUCGCAUCUUUCUUUCUUGGAUUAUUAUUUUUUUAAUUUUUUUUUUGGAAUUAUUAUAUAUAAAAAAAUAUUAUUUAUAAUAUAUAAUAUUUAUAUAUAAAUAAAUAUUACUUUAUUGAAUUAUUAAUUUCUUUUAGUUAGUUUUUUUAAUUCAUUUUAUUUUUUGAACAAUACCACCACCAUCUUAAUUUAUUUUAAAAAUCACAUCCAUUCCACCAUUAUCAGACAUAACCGGGUUAAGAAUAACACGUUGGGUUAUAAAAAAAUAAACUAAAAUGGUUAUAAAGAAUAACAAUGUAACAUCAACUUGAAAAACAAUAAACUAAAAACAACUUAAUCAACAUUCUAUUUGGAUUUAAAUUGAUUUAUGUUUAAUUACUUUGUAUGACAAUUUGUAUUAGCAUUUUUAAAUGGUUAUUGUGUAAUUUUGAUUUUUUAUGGCAGUUUGUAUGUUUUUAAAAUUAUUCAACAACUCCAUCCAUCACAGUAUAGAACAACAAGGUAAUAUGGUUAUUUUUCAUUAUUUAGCACAAUCAGUCAGAUGUACAAUCAAACAUUGUUUCUUUCCCAGUCGGAAAACUUUCUCAGACAGCACUUUCUCACAGAGCACUUUCCUAAACAACAACUAUCAAACGGGACCUUAGUGUAUAUGCUUGGGUUUGGCCUGGCUAGUUUCUUCAACAAGAUGAUGGUGGCGAUAGUGUCCUUUUCCCCUUCGUCAGUGGGAUGACUGUUUUCUUUUCAAGAAAUUGAGUUGUCAACAUUAGCAAGUUGAUCGACAAUAGUCUUUGUUGGGCUGAAGAUCAUUUUGAUGUUGCGUCUUUUGGGCUCGAUAGUUUAGCCAUGUACACUCCGGUUUGGGCCUGUCCAACCGAGAGCCUUUUAUGUAUUGUAUAUAAGUUAAUGCUUGCAUGCAUAUUAGGUUAACGAUUUAGAGAAUAACGAUAGAGAGCUUAACGAUAGUAAUUUCAAGGUUUCUUUAAUCGUUCUUGUAACCUACCAAUCCUCUACAGUUGAUGUUCUUAAUCGAGCUCUUCUGAGGAUUUUGUUUUAAUCA